UUAAGCCCAUAAAGGCCCAGUAAGAGAAGGAUGUAGUAGAGGACUGAGUGAUUGGGUUCUCUCAUUUCUCUCUGCUUCCGUAGUCUCCUCGUUCGUGUUGCUUCUCUCUCGCUCGUCUACGCGAUUUGACUCGAGGAUUUGUGCUAGGUUGAAAUGGCAGGACACAGGGUUGCGCAUGCUACACUGAAAGGCCCGAGUGUGGUCAAGGAGUUAGUUAUCGGUUUGGCACUCGGUUUAGCUGCGGGUGGUCUCUGGAAGAUGCACCACUGGAACGAGCAGAGGAAAACCAGAGCUUUCUAUGACUUGCUUGAGAGGGGCGAGAUCAGCGUUGUCCAUCCUGAAGAGUAGUGUAUUCAACACCUACCAAUCUCUCAAUCUCUACUUUUUUUUAUGUUAUUGUAUGGUUUCUUGACAACUUGGAUGAAGUGCCUGAGAAAAAGGGGUUGCUUACGUAAUAAACAACAAACCUGAGACCGGAUUUUUGGGGAUUUGUUAAAA